GCUCCAGCAACGCAACCUGGCCGUUGCAGAGCCACCGUAGUAAGUAGGAGUGCCGGGCCCAGUAGGAUGAGCAUGUGGUUGAUUAGCCUCUUCCUAUCUGUGGCUCUGGUGGCAGCUCAGACUACAGAUGGAGGGCGUAGUGAGCUCCCUGGAAUGAGAAAGGAUAUGUUCGACCAGAUCAAGGAUUCCAAGAACAAAGGCCCAGGUGGACAAACCGCGAAGCGGGCUGACUGCCCCAAGAGCGACAAGCUCUCACCCUUCAGAGCCUUUUGCAUCGUCAAGGGCGAGAUCUAUGUCAAGAUCAAUGACACCGAAGAGAAAUGCAGAAGAGUCAUCAGCAUAGGCGGCGCCAACGCCUCGGCGCUCUUCGACGCCUCGCGCACCUGUGGCGCCGUGGGCGAAUGGAAGCGACGGGUGGCCGAAGAGCUCAGCGCCGUGUACUUCGUCGGCGGUUGGGAGGAGAGGAAUGGCCCAAAAGUGAGGGCGAACCGGUGGAGUUGGAGUUCGAAGAUGGCAACCUCUCAGUUCCCAUCACGCCUGAGAACUACGAGGUCAUCAAGGAAUGCUGGGCUCGAGGCUGCGGCUGUGAACAGGCGGCCAACCCCAAGAUGAAGGCAAUCUUGCUCUCGAUGCUGGUGAUUUGCGUUUUCGGCAUUGGCAGAGAUGGCGUGAAGCUCAUGUACGAAAAGUUCUUCGGUGGUUCGAAGAAAGAAAAGGAGAAGGAGAAGAAAGAGAAGAAGGAGAAGAAGGAGAAGAAAGAAAAGAAAGAGAAGAAGAGCAAGAAAGGCGGCGAGGGCGAGGCCUCGGAGGUCGCGGGCGACGAGUCCACUGAGACGAAGAGCGAGGUGCCGGACGAGGGCGAGAAGAGCGGCAAGGAGACCGAUGGGGAGAAGGAGAACGAGAAGGAGGAGGAGGAUGCGAAGGAUGAGUCUGGCACUGCAGCUGAUGACAAGUAGAUGCUGAAAACAGACAGGUUGGCCCUGUGAGCAGUGCAGAAGGUUGCUCCAGCUGCCAGGGCUUUGCUGUCAUUUCUUGCAAUCUCUAGCAUUCAGUUCAAAACUCAGCAGCAUCCUGACUACAACCCAACUAACCUUGGAGUUGAGGAGAGCCCUCCAGCCCAACACAGAAACUCUCCAGCUUUCUAAGCCGCAUCCGCCGGAUGCGCAUUCGACCAUCAAAGACUCGCGCCGCGGCCUUGGCGACGCAACAAAGGACGUCGGCGGGUUGGGGAACGUUCGCCACGGAGGUCAACUGGAGAAACCGGGCUCCAGUCGUACAUCAGGUUCGGUACGACUGGACCCUCCAAACCCACCCACCCCAGUCCCAC